AUGGCGGACAUGACAAUAUGGAAAGGGCUGUUCGAGUGGAGCCUUGCCCACCAGGACGGCACGGCCCCUGCCCGGCCCCUGCCCGAGUCUGAGCGAGCCUGGCUGGAGUCGGCGAUGCGUGACUCCAUGAUCGACCUGGCCAAGCGCAUGACAGAGAUCAAGGAGGUCCUGGACGCACACACUGCGACGGAUGCCGGUGCAGGGACCGAGAGGGACGGCUCAGGCUCAUCCCCCGAGGUGGCGGACGCCAGCGCGGCUUCUGCGACUGGGCCUUCCAACUCCUCCACCACAUACGAGUUGACCCCCCCGCCCGCCCCCGCCGCUGUCGCCGCAGUCUCCGACGCGGAGCGGCUGCUGGAGGAGCUGCUGGACAUCGUGGAGUCCAUCGACGCGGCCCGCGACCUGGCCACCAUCGGCGGCCUGCCCACGCUGACUCAGCUGCUGGCCAGCCCCGCGCCGGGGCUGCGCUGGCGCGCGGCGGAGGUGGCAGCUGCCUGCGUCCAGAAUAACCCCGAGGUGCAGGCCAGCUUCCUGGCGGCGCCCGGGCUGACUGAGCGGCUGGUGGCUCUGCUGGCCGACGCCGACGCCGACUGCCGGACCAAGGCCCUGCUGGCGCUGGCCAGCCUGGUCCGCGGCCACGAGCCGGCCAUGCGCUGGUGGCUGGAAAGCGCGGCCGGCACGCAGACGCUGGUGCGCAUGCUGCGCAACGACCCCGACGCGCGCGUGCGGCGCAAGGCGGCUCAGCUCCUGGGUUAUUGCCUGGGCGACUGGGGCGCCGCGCGGGAGGAGGCCGAGGCGCUGCGCGCGCUGGGCAGGGUGCUGGCGGGGGAGGAGCUAUGGGAAGGUGACUCGGCGGCGCUGCGGCAGCAGCUGGCGGUGGUGCCCACAUCAGGCGCCGCCGCAGCGCCCCUGGCCUUGACAUGA